UUAAUUCAUGACGUCAUAUCCCACGUGCCGACAGGCUACCGCCAUAUGCACACAAAAUCUGUCAGAAAUUAACAAGUUUUACUCCCUAUUCUACAGCUGUCGAUAAAUUGUAUGACAUGUUAGCCCUGUAAAUUAAAAUGCCAACAUACUUUCAAAGACCGGAAAACGCCCUUAAAAGGGCAAACGAGUUUAUUGAUGUCGGAAAGAAGCAGAGAGCUUUGGAUGCUUUAUAUGAUGUUAUUAAGAGCAAAAAGCAUCGAACAUGGCAGAAGAUUCACGAGCCCAUUAUGGAGAAAUACCUGGAGCUAUGUGUGGAACUCCGGAAAAGUCACAUUGCAAAGGAGGGUCUGUACCAGUACAAGAACAUUUGUCAACAGGUGAACAUCAAGUCUCUAGAAGAUGUGGUGAGGAAGUAUAUUGGCUUGGCUGAACGGAAAACAGAGGAGGCGAGGCAGGAGUCACAUCAAGUUGUUAUAGAUGUAGAUGAUCUUGAAAUGCCAGACACCCCUGAAAGUUUACUGUUGAAAGCUGUUAGUGGUGAGGAUACACAGGAUCGUACAGACCGUGCUAUUUUGACACCAUGGGUCAAGUUUCUAUGGGAGUCCUACAGGCAGUGUCUCGACUUGUUGAGGAACAACUCCAAGGUGGAAAAACUUUACCAGGAUAUAGCUCAGCAAGCUUUCAAGUUCUGUUUGAAGUAUGCAAGGAAAACAGAGUUCAGGAAGUUGUGUGAUAAUCUGAGAACUCAUCUUGGUCAUGUACACAAGCACCAGCAUCAGCAGACAGCCAUCAACCUGAACAACCCAGACUCGCAGGCGAUGCAUCUCGAGACGAGACUGGCUCAGCUUGAUAGUGCUAUACAAAUGGAACUCUGGCAGGAAGCUUUUAAAGCAGUAGAAGAUAUCCAUGGAUUGAUAUGUUUGUCUAAGAAGAACCCACGACCAUCUUUGAUGGCCAACUACUACACCAAGUUGGGUCUCGUGUUCUGGAAAUCUGGUAACCCUCUGUUCCAUGCUUCCACUCUGACAAGACUGUACCAUCUGUCUAGAGACCAGAGGAAAAAUCUCUCUCAAGAGGAGCUGCAAAAGAUGGCAUCAAGGGUUUUGUGUGCUACACUGGCAAUCCCAAUUCCAGCUGCAAGGAAUGCUAUAGAUACACUGUUAGAGAUGGGGGAAGAGACUGCUGAGAAACAGAGAAGGUUGGCUGCACUGCUCAUGUUACAGAGCCCACCAAAACGACAAGGAUUGGUCUCUGAUCUGGCAAAGCAUAAUGUUCCGCAGUUUGUGUACCCGGAGUUGAAGAGCUUGUUUAACAUUCUGGAGGUGGAUUUUCACCCUCUCAAACUAUACGAGAACGUCAAACCAUGUAUGGAGUUCAUUGCACAGAAUGACGAUCUUGCUCAAUAUGUUCCUGCACUCGAAGAUAUCAUUGUUACACGCAUACUCAAACAGGUAUCUCAGGUGUACCAAACUAUAGAGAUGUCAAGGUUUGCUGCACUUGUACCAUUUGCUACAACAUUCAGGCUUGAGAGACUUAUUGUAAAUGCUUCCAGGCAACUAGAACUGCAGGUACGUAUUGAUCAUAGAGAACACUCACUGAGUUUUGGUACAGACCUAGGUGUGAGUCAGAAAGAGGAGGUACCAGAAGGUCCCUAUAUACAACGCAUGCCAAGUGAAGUGAUCAGGAUGCAGUUAACUCACCUAGCUUCAGCCCUACAACAAGCUGUGAAAACUUUGCAACCAAGAGAUUCUAAUAACCUGCUGGUCCAACUUCAAGGCCAGAAAGAAGAGAUGAAAUCUCAGAUAAUGAAUAAUUACAAACUGACAAUGAAGAAGGAGCACUUGCGUAUACUGCAAAGAAGGUUGACCAUUGAGCAGAGGAAAGAACAGCUGGAGCAUCUUAAUGACCAGAGGGAGAGAGAAGAGUACGAGCAGCUAGAGGAGACAAGGAGAAAGGCUAAAGAAGCCGAGAUGGCAAGACUAGAGAGGGAAGCAAAGGAACGGGAACGUCAGCGUGUCCUGGCAGAGCAACGUGAUAUUCAGAAGAAACAUGCUUUAGAGAGAAUCGAACAACUAAAGAAGUCAGAGCUUGGAGCCAGGGUGGUACAGAAUAUUGAUGAAGAGGACUUGGCUAAGAUGGACGUAGAUGAUAUAAUGGCGAAGCAAGUGGAACAGCUCGAGAAAGAAAAGAAAGACCUUAAUGAAAGACUUCGUAAUCAAGAGAAAAAGAUUGACCAUAUGGCUCGUGCUAAGAGAUCUAAAGAAAUACCUUUCCUUGAGAAACAGUUUGAUGAGGAGCAUGUUCGCAGCAGAGACUUCUGGGAGCAGCAAGAGAUUUCCAGGAUCCAGAAGUUACAAGAGGAACACGAGCUAGAGAUUGCGACACGGGAUAGGAUGACAAGGAUGAAGAAAGAUGCCCAGGAAUUCCUCACACAACUUAAAGAUAGAAGGAAGAAACAAUAUAGAGAAAAACUUGCCACAUUUGAAAAGAAACUUAUUGAGGAAAGGAAAACUAGGUUGGCAUCUAGAAAAGAGGAACGUAAGAUAGAAAGAAAGAAUAAAUGGCUCCAGGAGAAAGAAGAAGCUGAACAGAGGGCCAAAGACGAAGCUCUCAAGAAAGAACGUGAGGAAAAAGAAAGGUUAGAACAAGAGACAAGGGAACGUGAGGAGCAAGAGUACCAGGAAAAGGUGGCUAGACUGGAGGAGAUCGCUGCCAAACAGCGACAGCGUGAGGCAGAGAUUGAAGAAAGGGAACGACAGAAGAAGGAAGAGGCUAGAAUGGAAAUGGAAAAGCAGAGAUCAGACAGAACUCCUCUGUCAAGAGAUAGAGAAGAAAAGUGGGGUAGAGGGCCACCCAGCGACAGUCGUGAAGGAGGACCACCCGCAGAAAAAACACCUUGGAGACCUGCAGGAGGGGGUGGUUGGAGGGAAAGGGAGAGAGAAAAACAUGAUUCUUGGAAGAAAGAACCAGAGUCAAGGGAUGAGAGGUCCCUUGGAGAUGAUCGUGUACAUGAUGACCGAGAAGAAAGAGGCGGAUGGCGCGAUCGUGUUCCACCACGUGAUGAUCGACCACCAAUGAGAGACAAUAGACCUCCCAUGAGGGAUGAUAGACCUCCUCUAAGAGAUGAAAGACCUCCCUUCCGUGAUGAAAGACCAUCGUUCCGUGAUGACAGACCACCAGCUCGUGAUUCAUGGAGAGAUCGGGAAGGCGGCAGAGAUCGCAGAUUUGACAAUAGAGAUAUUCGCCUUGAUAAAGAAGAGAUGAGUCGUCUUGAUCGUGAACGUGGUGAGAGAGAGAGGUUUGAUCGUGGGGGAUCAUCACAUGAUGGGGGUGGAGGUGGCUGGAGACGUGGGGGUGACAGAGAUGAAGAUAGAUGGCGGAGAGAUGAUGGGCCACGAAGAGAUGAUGGUCCAAGAAGAGAUGAUGGUCCAAGAAGGGAUGGUGGACGUGGAGAUAGCUGGCGUGACAGAGAAAGAGAUGGAGGUGGUGGUGGUGGUGGAAGCAGCUGGCGUGACCGUGAACGUGACAGAGAUGGUGGUGGUGGAGGUGGUUGGAGACGUGGAGGAGAUGACCGUGGUCACAGAGAUGAUAGAGGACCCAGGGAUGACCCUGGUCCAAGGGAUGAUAGACGUGGUCCUCCUCCCAGAGAUGAUAGGGACACCUGGAGAAGAGAUGGUCCAACACCUCAGCGAGAGAAACCUAGGGACAGACCGCCUGCAUCUCGAGAGGAUGAUGGCUGGACAACAGUAAAACGAUAGAUGUGAAAUCAAACACAACCUUUUUAUACCUGAUCAUGUGAAAAAUUAAUUGGGACAUUGAGCAUCUGGGAUAUUUCAUUGUUUUUUACAUGGAUUUUGUAAUUGCCAUACUGGACAUUAUUUUGGUUUACAUGACGGGAGGAAUUAAUCUGAUAAGUGUGAUAGUUGUGUUUUUGAUUUGUGGUUUUAUUGAACACUAUCAUACAAUAAAGGCAUUUAUCUUAUAAAACAAUCUGACAAAUGUUUUUCCCUAGAUUUAUCAUAACUCUGUGCUGCAGGUUCAGAAAUAGCUAUCUUUAAUAUUUAAAAGCCCAAACCUAUUUUACAAGCAACAUUCACUUCAGUAUUUAAAGUUAACUUUAAUCUGUUUAAAAAAAUGAAGGAUGAUAUGUAGUAAUAAUAAAUUUAUUAGUGUGUGUUCAUCUUCCAAUUGGUGUAUAUGGCUUGGUGAGGCUUUAAGGAUAAUCCAUUCAUGCAAAAUAGUGAGAACAAAAUUUACUGAAUAGAAAUGCUUGUAUAAAUUGUGAAACCUGCACCACAGUUGUACACAGCACAAUGUGUUCUGCUUCAAAACUAACCCUAUAGCUAUAUCUGGCCAUAAAAGCAAUGGUCAGUUUAUACACCUUCAUUAAGAUAUAUGCCCAGGUAGUAUUUUGAAUGCAAUAUUUGUUUAAUACUUCCAAAUUGUGUUUAUGAAUUAUUUCUGUUUGGAUAGGGCACUAAUGAUUGAUAUAAUAACAUCCAUUAUUGAAUUUUGAUUGCCAUCUUUACUUUCUGCAUUGUUAAAGUACAUUAAAAAUGGUAUUGAUAGACUUCAAAUCAUACUGAUGCAAAGUGAUGAUAAUACAGAAUGAAAGAACAUUAUAUAUAUGCAAAACGAAGACAGUAAUUUAUAACUGCUUCUAUUAAUUGGAUUAUCAAAUUGAUUUUCUGCAAAAACUGUAUACUAAAUUCUUCUAUUAAAUUAUUGUUUCCUUGGAA